CAUGCGGAAGGAAGGGCGUCCGCCCCAGCGUCUGCGUCGCCAGGGGAACUAGGGACAGCGCGCUAUCCGGCGCAGGCGCUGCGCGUCGCAGCUGUCAUGGCGGACACCGGGUGGAGCACUGACACUGGGGAGGCCGUGUACCGCUCCCGGGAUCCUGUGCGCAAUCUGCGCCUCCGAGUCCACCUGCAAAGGAUCACCUCCAGCAGCUUUCUGCAUUACCAGCCUGCCGCCCUGCCGGGGAAGGACCUCAUAGACUUGGCCACCUUCGGGCCUCACCCCACUGCCAGUGGACAUCGCCCGGAUGAAGAUGAAGAGGAGGAGCUGGUGAUCGGGUGGCAGGAGAAGCUCUUCAGCCAGUUUGAAGUAGAUCUGUACCAAAACGAAGCCGCCUGUCAGAGCCCUUUGGAUCAUCAGUACCGGCAGGAGGUCCUGAAGCUCGAACACUCGGGUGGCAGGAAGAACCGACGGAUCUUCACCUACACCGACUCUGACAGAUACACCAACUUGGAAGAGCACUGUCAGAAAAUGACCACGGCAGCCAGUGAGAUGCCAUCCUUCUUGGUCGAACGGAUGGCGAAUGUCAGGCGGCGCCGGCAGGACAGGCGAGGGACAGAGGGCGGCAUUCUCAAGUCCCGCAUUGUCACCUGGGAACCCUCCGAGGACUUUGUUCGGAACAACCACGUCAUUAAUACCCCUCUUCAGACGAUGUACAUCAUGGCAGACCUGGGGCCCUACGGAAAGCUUGGCUAUAAGAAGUAUGAGCAUGUCCUGUGUACUCUAAAGGUGGACAGCAAUGGAGUGAUCACAGUCAAACCUGACUUCACUGGCCUCAAAGGGCCCUACAGAAUCGAGACAGAGGGGGAGAAGCAGGAGCUGUGGAAGUACACCAUCGACAAUGUGUCCUCCCUGGCACAGCCGGAAGAGGAGGAGCGGGAGCAGCGUGUGUUCAAGGAUCUUUAUGGCCGGCACAAGGAGUACCUCAGCAGCCUGGUGGGCACGGACUUUGAGAUGACUGUCCCAGGUGCCCUCCGGCUCUUUAUCAAUGGAGAGGUGGUUUCAGCCCAAGGCUACGAGUAUGACAACCUGUAUGUGCACUUCUUUGUGGAGCUGCCAAGCACUAACUGGUCAAGCCCAGCUUUCCAGCAGCUCUCAGGGGUGACACAGACCUGUACCACUAAGUCUCUAGGCAUGGACAAGGUGGCUUACUUCUCCUACCCAUUCACAUGGGAAGCCUUCUUCCAGCAUGAGGACGAAUCUGUGGAGUCUCUCCCGGAGUGGCCCGUGCUGUACUGUGAGGUCCUCUCACUGGACUUCUGGCAGAGGUAUCGCGUGGAAGGCUACGGGGCUGCGGUGCUGCCUAUCACCCCAGGCUCGCAUACCCUGACCAUCUCCACGUGGAGGCCCACAGACCUUGGCACGCUGGCUGAGCUCAGGAGGUUUUUCAUUGGUGGUUCUUUGGAGCUGGAGGACCUGUCCUACGUGCGGAUCCCGGGGACCUUCAAGGGCCUUCAUGGAAUCGAGCUCCCUGCGGAAAAGGAUGCGGAGUGUGUUGGACCGUCUGGAGGGAUUCAGCCAGCAGAGCUCUGUCCACAACGUGCUGGAAGCCUUCCGUCGAGCCCGGCGCCGUAUGCAGGAAGCCCGGGAGAGCCUCCCCCAGGACCUAGUGAGCCCAUCCAGGACCUUGACCUCUUAGCCCACCGCAGCCCUGGCCCACUGUGCCAGAAGCUAGCCAGGACAGGGGUGUGCUUAGUGAGCGCCCUGGAGAGCCUGUGUCCCAUGUGGCCCCUUUCAGACGGUGUCAGAGCAUCAGAGCACAGCAGGCUUUGGAUCCAAAACUCACCCGGAUGAGCCCACCAUCUGUCUGUCUUUGACAUGGCCUCUUUCUAGCCUGUUGCAGUCUCCACGGUCAGGGGCUGCGGGUACUGCUAUUCCACAAUCUUGCAAAGUAUAACUUUCUUCCAAGAAACAGGAAGUAGAAAGAGAUCUUUCACCGCCGGCCCCUCCAUUCCGGCUGUCUGUUUCCAACAUGGCCUUCUGCUGUUGCCUGCGUCUGGCUGAGUUUGGGAAGCAACUUAUUUCAUAAAGGAAGGCUGAGGGCAGUACCCGCUCCUUUCUGCCAGCAGAGCUGUGUUUUUAAUUGUGCUUUUGUGUAUAAAGCCUUUUUGAUACCGAUUGCUGUUUUGUAGUGGCUUCUCUGCCCAGGUCGUUGGCCUGAGGGGAUCUUCUCAGUGUUGGGGUCCCUGCCACCCAUGCCCUUCCCUCCGCUGCUGUCCCCACUGUGGACUAUGUACUUUGAC